AUGCAGUUAGAUCGCUUGUUCGAAAUUCUUGAUGCUGAAGUUGUAAAAGGAGGGUCUAAAGCAGAUAUCAUAUUAGUUGCUAACCUUGCAAGAAGAUGUUUGAAUUUGAGUGGAAGAAAGCGCCCGACAAUGAGAGAGGUCACGGCAGAGCUGGAGGGGAUUCAAAUGUCAGAAAAACCUUCUAAUGGUGGACAAGACUAUGAAGAGGUUGAAUAUGUUAGGACUCACUCAAUUGAGCCUUGGGAUGUUGCUUCAAGUUCAACGGGAACAGGGCCAGGUUUGGAUGGUGGUCAUUCUUCAUCAUUACAUGAAAUUCCGCUAUUACCUUACAAGUCAUGGUGA